CCAUAAUAAGAUUUUUUUGUUUUGAUAGAUCAUGUGACCCAAUAUUGGGUCACCAUUAACAGUGCCCUUAAGGCAAAUGAUUCUAGUAACUUAUACAAAGCAUACAAUUACAAGUUACGAAGAUCAACGUAGCAAAAGAGCGACAGUCACAAAGCUUCCAGGGUUUUCCAUCUCUACAGACUAUAGCUCUACUUCCUCUUCCUCCCAAAACCCUCUGCUUCGUCUUCAUCUCCCUCUUCGCAUUUCACUCUCCAUCUCUUCCGAACCAGAAACCAUGCACGCACCAGUCCUCGUUCUCAAGGAUUCUACUAAAAGGGAAUCUGGCACUAAGGUUCAUCAUGCUAACAUCCGAGCAGCUAAGGCAGUUGCUGAAGUGAUUCGAACGACAUUGGGUCCACGUUCAAUGCUUAAGAUGCUCCUUGAUGCUGCUGGAGGCAUAGUUGUGACAAAUGAUGGGAAUGCAAUUUUACGCGAGUUAGAUCUUGCACACCCUGCUGCUAAGUCGAUGAUUGAACUUAGUCGGACACAAGAUGAAGAAGUAGGUGAUGGAACAACUUCUGUUAUUGUUCUUGCUGGUGAGAUGCUCCAUGUUGCUGAAGAAUUUAUUGAUAAAAAUUACCAUCCUACUGUGAUUUGUCGAGCUUAUAGCAAAGCUCUGGAAGAUGCAGUUGCAGUUCUCGACAAGAUUGCUAUGUCCAUUGAUAUCAAGGAUCGUGCAAUAAUGUUGGGACUGGUGAAGAGUUGUAUUGGGACGAAGUUUACAAGUCAGUUUGGUGAUCUGAUUGCUGAUCUAGCAAUUGAUGCCACUGCGAUGGUUGGUGUGGAUCUUGGUCAAGGACUGCGAGAGGUUGACAUUAAGAAGUAUAUUAAAGUUGAGAAAGUUCCUGGUGGCCAGUUAGAAGAUUCUCAGGUGUUGAAAGGGGUGAUGUUCAAUAAGGAUGUAGUUGCUCCUGGAAAGAUGAGGCGGAAGAUUGUGAAUCCUCGAAUAAUCCUUCUUGAUUCUCCUCUUGAGUACAAGAAAGGUGAAAAUCAAACAAAUGCAGAGAUUCUGAGAGAUGAAGAUUGGGAAGUCUUGCUAAAAAUGGAAGAAGAGUUUAUUGAGAAUAUGUGCUCACAGAUACUGAAGUUUAAACCUGAUUUAGUGAUCACAGAAAAAGGCCUUAGUGACUUGGCAUGCCAUUAUUUAAGCAAGGCUGGCGUUAGUGCAAUUAGGAGAGUGAGGAAGACAGAUAAUAACAGAAUUGCCAAGGCAUGUGGGGCUGUCAUUGUGAACAGGCCAGAUGAACUGCAGGAAUCAGAUGUAGGUACUGGUGCUGGUUUGUUUGAGAUUAAGAAAAUCGGUGAUGAGUUCUUUGCCUUCAUUGUUGACUGCAAGGAUCCAAAAGCCUGUACUGUGUUAUUGAGAGGUGCUAGCAAAGAUCUCUUGAAUGAAGUGGAAAGAAAUUUACAGGAUGCCAUGUGUGUGGCAAGAAAUAUCAUAAAAAAUCCAAAACUUGUUCCUGGAGGGGGAGCUACAGAGCUGACUGUAUCAGCAACCCUUAAGCAAAAGAGUUCAUCCAUUGAAGGCAUAGAAAAGUGGGCAUAUGAAGCCGCUGCUUUAGCCUUUGAGGCUAUACCACGGACGUUGGCCCAAAAUUGUGGUGUAAAUGUUAUCAGGACUAUGACGGCCUUACGGGGAAAGCAUGCAAAUGGUGAAAAUGCUUGGAUAGGCAUUGAUGGAAACACUGGAGAAAUAGCAGAUAUGAAAGAAAAGAAGAUCUGGGAUUCAUUCACUGUGAAGGCUCAGACUUUCAAGACUGCCAUAGAAGCAGCCUGCAUGCUUCUAAGGAUAGAUGAUAUUGUGAGCGGUAUCAAGAAGAAGCAGGCUCCUGGAGCACAAGCUCCCUCAAAACCAUCGGUAGAGCAGGCAGAUGAUGCUGAUAAUGAACAAAUGAUACCAGAGUGAUAAUUUUAGGACAAGUAGCCUUAACAAAUCACCUAUCUAUUGCUUGAAUUCUGGGGUCAAGUGAUUCAUGUAUGGGUUUCGCAAGUGCCUAUUUUUGUUAUAAUUUCUGCAGGAAUGUCUUUUUUAACAUUUGGUCGCUCAUUCCUGUCUAUUUUCCUUCUUUUUUUUUUGUCAUGUUUUGGGCUUCUGUUCUUUAUUCCUACAACGUUUUAGCAAUAGAGUAGCCAUUAAUUUUGUAUUGGAUUUUGUUACUGAAUUUGAUCUCAAACUCUUAGCGAGUAUGUUUAUAUAAAGCUUACUGAUUAUUAUUAGUGAGUAGUAGCUUCUUGUGA